UACAGAGUCAAAAUUUAUUAUUGAAAGUGUCUAACUUGUCAUAUCUGCCAAGUUUUGUAAUUUUUAAUAUUUUAGAUUUGAGGCCAGUUAAUCUCAUUUUGCAGCUGCUGUUUGGUGACAGUUAUCAAAAUUGUGACAGGUGCCAUGGUUGGCUAGAAUAGGCACACCCACUCAUGCAGAGGAUAUAAGAUAUUCCUCUCAUUGUACAGGACUUUGUCUCCAUAUGAUCAGCCUCAGAUCACAUAUUAAGGUUACGAAGUCUGAUCUAAAUCAACAUGGCCACGUCUAUCCUCACCCAUGUUUUGGCUGGCCUGUUUGGCAUGGGCUCCUGGGUCACCAUCUGUGGUCUGUGGGUGGAGCUGCCUCUCAUCGUUCCACAGGUACCUGAGGGUUGGUAUCUUCCCUCCUACAUCUCCAUUAUUGUCCAAAUGGCAAACAUUGGACCUCUGUUUGUCACAUUAAUGCACCGCUUCCGCCCAGGAACGCUCAACGAGACUGCAGUUAUCUAUUUUAUUGUUGGUUUUGGGAUACUGGCAAGCCUUUUGCUGGCUUUCUUCUGGAGUGAGACGGUACUGGUGCAUGGUGUAGAGCGCAGCGUUCCUCUGCUGCUCCUCAUCUUCUUCAUCUCAUUAGUGGACUGCACCUCUUCGGUGACGUUCCUUCCCUUCAUGACACAGCUCAAGGCGGAGUAUCUCAUGACUUAUUAUGUAGGAGAAGGCCUGAGUGGUCUUGUCCCCGCUUUAGUGGCAAUGGUUCAAGGUGUAGGUGUGAUGGAAUGUGUCAAUGCAUCUCAAAUUCUCAGAUCCAAUGAAACACAUCUUAAUGGGUCUGAAAGAGACUCUACCUACCUUGUGCCUCAUUACCAACCAGCUAACUUUUCCGUUGAAGCCUAUUUUUUCUUCCUGGCAGCUAUGAUGGUGGUUUGUUUGGUGGCGUUCUUACUUUUGAACUACCAUCCAGCUGUGGCCCAAGAGCGACCCAAUAACAUAAAUGGAAAUGAAGAUCCUAUAUCCCACUGGAAAAACAAGAAAUCUGAACAGAAACCAAUGAUUCGUUCUCAAAAGGCUAGUCAGAAACCCAAGAGCACGUUCGGGACAGGGACACACACAUGGAUGCAAGUGAUAUACAUCUACAUUAUGCUGGCAUGGGUGACUGCUCUGACUAAUACCGGUUUGCCGUCAGUGCAGUCAUACUCAUGUUUACCAUAUGGAGACCAGGCCUAUCACUGGUCAGCAACUAUGGCGAAUGUUGCCAAUCCUAUAGCUUGUUUCAUAAGCAUGUUUUACACUCAAAGGUCCUUAGUGUUGAUGGGAGUUCUCACUUCUAUUGGCUCUUUUGUUGGAUUUUACAUUAUGGGCAUGGCUGUGUUGAGUCCAUGUCCACUGCUAGUUAAUGACACCUCUGGAGCAGUCAUUAUUGUGUUGGCAUGGUUCUUUUUCAUCUUCACCCUAUCUUAUGUAAAGGUGAUUGUUGCUGUCAUCUUGCGAGAUGAAGGCCACAGCGCUCUUGUGUGGUGUGGAGCUGUAGUGCAGUUGGGUUCAAUGUUGGGGGCAGUGACUAUGUUUCCUUUGGUCAAUAUAUAUGACUUUUUCACCUCUGGUGACCCGUGCAACACUAAUUGUCUAUGAGAUAAGUGUUCCUUAAAUAAUAUUAAAAUGAACUAUAAUAUUAUAAUAUUAAUUAUAUUCUUAAUUGUGGAGCAUAUGUAAAUGAAUGAAUGUAAAAAAGCUUUUUUAAUGUUGAUUUUGUAUACUAUACAGAUGCUUUACUACAUAUGUUAACAGUGUUUGUUAAGUGUUUAUGUUGAUGUAUUUCAUUUUCUCUUUUGUUUUUAUUUGCUUACUUGUCCAUUUAUUUGAUUUUAACAUCUUAAUCAUGACUCAGUAUUUUCAAUGCCAGAUAUGACAGAAUUAUCAAAUGUCCACUAGGAGGCGGUAACGGUCUACAGUGAAUAUAACUCAUUUAGAUUGGCUCUCACACAGGAGCAGUUUGACUAGGUGACCUCAGGGGAGGAAGGGAGGGGGGGCUUGUCUUAAAAUGACAACAGCACUUAUUUACACUUACAGUUUCUUCACUUUAAAAAAGUUAAUGAUUCUGCAUGAUUAUUUGAACAUAUUAACAGCCCUUGUUUCUGUUAAUAAAAAACAAAUGACAAGCUCAUAUUUUGUAAUCCUCUUACCCGAGGAAAAAAAAACAGCCUUUGCAGGGUGGCCUCUAAUAUUGACUUUGACAAUGAGAAGCCUUGAAGUUAGAAAGUUUGAGAACCACUUACAUUAGUCUCUUUUCAUUACGCUAAGGCAAUGAAUUGAGUUGAUAGGGUCUUAAAAAUCUGCAGUGUUAUAGGUUUAUUUCAUUGCAAUUUCAAGAAGAUUCAUAGUCUUAAGUCUUCUCUGCUGCUUAACUGCUGAUAUUCUAAUAAACGACUACAGAUGAGAACAGUCUGGACAGAACAGCCACCAUCUUGCUUUGAUCCAGCAAUCACAGUAUCAAGGGAGAGAGGAUAACGGGAGAACGACAGUUAUAUGUAUUAGGAUGUGGAGGGAGUUCAGCCUCACAGCUCUUCACUCGACAGAACAGUUUUCACACAAUGAUAACUGAGACUGUUAGCGAAGGCCACUCGUCUUCUUGGCUCUCUAACAAUCCUGACCCAGGCAGCCUACUAAUAGAGCGGCUAUUUCUGGGCACUGGCUUUGAUGAUCCACCCCACCCUGACUGUGCGUUGUCACCAUGGCUGUGUGACCGGGGAUUCAAACCCAUGGAAAAUAUUCCUGUCUGCCUGGCAGGUGUCACAGGGUGCUUGGCUCAAAGCCUGGAUACAACAGCUGCUUCUACUUUGAUCCAUUAGUUACUACUCUGGAAGUUCAGCUCUCCUGUGCACAUGGGGAAGAGAUCUUGCACAUUUUUCACGAUUCCAUUUCAGACGAUACUGCCGCAUUUUUAAUGAGCCGUUGUGACUAGGGUUGAAACUAGAUCUGUGAAACGGAACAUUCGGUCAGGGUUUUAUACUCUAAAAGUUUGGACAAAAGACUUGUCAAAUAAAUCAUCUCUGGUUUUUAUUCUCUAUGAAUUUAGGACCAAAAAGGAACAUCUUGAAGUAUUUUGUCAGUUGAUUUUUGGUACAAAACUUAACAUCAAGUAACUAACAGUCUGCUGUCACAGUUAGACCAGGGCUAGUUGUCACACUUUUAACUCCAUUGAAUAUUUGUCUUAGUGUGGGCUUAUUUGUGAAAGUAAGUUUUAUGUGUUCACUUUAUAUUUUGCAUCUUGAAAGUAAGCUAUUUUCUGUGAAUGUGAAACACUUCAGAUUCAUUAGCCACUACCCUGCUGAAAAAAAAAACAAACAAAAAACAAUAGAGAAUGUAAAGGAUUUAAUGGUUAUAAUGGGGAUUGUAUUGGUUUUAAUGGAAACUAUAAUGGUAUCUACACUGUAAAAAUUGAUGAGUUGACUUAACUUAAAAAAAAUUAAGAAACCCGUUGCCUUAAAAUUAAGUAAAUAAUAAUCAUAAUAAAAAAAGUUAAGUGAACUUGACAAUUGACUUAACUUAUUUUUUUUUUAUUAUAAUUUACUUAAAAAUUUUAAGGCAAUGGGUUUCCUCAAUUUUUUUAAGUUAAGUCAACAUCACUUUUUUACAGUGUACUGGUAUGUGAUGGAUUCUGUUGGUGGGAUGUUAAAUCCUAUUGGAAAAAUGCCCAAAACACACUACAAUAAGGAAUUUUGUAAUGGUUUUACUGCAAAAAGCUAAUGGUUCAUAAUGGUAUUUUAAUGGAAACUUAUUAUUGGAAUUUCUGUGAUGGUUUCUAUUGGGCUAUUUGCGCUACAAACCAAUGUGUUUGUGAUUACUUGAUUAAUUAAGUAAGGGAUAAUCAAAGGCUAGCCGUGCAUUAAAGGAUUUUAAUGCACGACGUGGAGGCAAAGAACCGCCUGAUGCGAAGCAGAUUAAUUAAAAUAAUAUGAUAACUAAUACCAGUUUGCAAUAUCAAGUAGCAUAACAGGCCUUUUCUGUAGAGCUAAAAUAACUGGAAGUGAACGACACUGGAAGGCUAGCACACUGAAGUUACAAAUAGCUCCAUGCAACCACUCUUACAUUAAAUAUAAAGGUGAAUAGACACACAGCCUACCUUGAAGCAGGGGUGUUUAAUCAAGUUCCAGGAAGGACACUCUCAAAAUUCAGGUCCAAACCUAAUUAAACACCCCUGAACCAGCCAAUAUAGUUAUUCAGAAUUAGAAGCUUCUAGAAGUGCCUUGGAGAAGUUUGGAUCUCAAGGAAGCAGAUCUCUGCAAAAAGGGAUUGGACACUUAUGCCUUAAAUACUUAACUACAAAAAAAAAAAAAAAAGCCAUUGAAAAUUAAUUGCCCAUGAAAAAAUUAAUUUGCUCAACAUUACCUUUUGUGAUAACAUUCCCUACUGGUGGCCAAUAUAUGAAGCUGUCAAAUUAGAACCUGUCAUUAAACAGGCUAUUAAAGGUUUUCAGAAUCAUUAGUGUGUGAAUUUCGAGCCACCUACAGUUGAGUGAGAGAAAUUUACUGUCGGAAAUAAUUGCAGUGGAUUGCUGUAGGCUACAUAGAUAUAUAUAUAUAUAUAAACACUAGAUCUCUUAAGGCGGAGUCACUUCCGGCAUCAUAGGGCGGCCAUCUUGCCACAGGGAAGCUUUCUGGCAAGUUCUGAGGUAAGAUGAGUGAUCAGCACGAACAUAAAUCUUCUUAUCUCGCUGAAAUCUUGACGGAUUUACAAACGGUUUGGUUUCUUACAAACGUUAUUACAAACAGCUAUAAUUCUGAAUGCUGUAACAUGUUGAAAUUGCAGAUUGUUAUAAUUAUUCAUAUGUAUGCAGUGUCAUAACUACAUCUCUGACGUUGAUAACAAAUCAAACCGUUUGAAAAUCGGUAGAUAAUUGAGCAAGUUAUGGUUAUUUAAAAAGUACAUGCUUCAUACAACACAAUGUUAAGAGUGAGCGAGCACCCUGUGGCAAGAUGGCCGCCGUGUGCGGACGUCGACCUCCAUUGGCCAACAGCGCGUACGAGGUAUCUAGUGUUUAUAUAUAUAUAUAUAUAUAUCUCUAUAUAUAUAUAUCUCUAUAUCUAUGGUAGGCUACAUGUGUAUUUGCUGUUGCCGUAAAGCAAUCCGCCCUUUAAGCAGAAUUUCGUACCUGCUCACAAACUUAUCCACCUUAUUUUUCAACGCAGAAUUAAGCCAUUUUCUAUCAAUGUGCGAGAUUUCUCAUUCAUUAUAGUCUCUGUAGGGAAAUAACGAUAAGAAUAACAAAGUGCAGUGAACAGUCAAAUACAAACCGUGUUGAGAUAAUACAUUAAAUAAUAUGGCAGACACACCAGUUGUUUUGCACAGCUAAAAAUACUCCGGAAGCCAGACACAUUAAAGGCGUGGUUGAUUGCGAUUUCACUUUUUUAACGUUAGUUAGUGUGUAAUGUUGCUGUUUGAGAAUAUCUUUAAAGUUACGAUGCUGAAAGUUCAAUGCAAACGGAGAUAUUUAAAAUUAUGGCAGUUUAAUGCUACACUGUAAAAAAUCCAAUUAACCAAAUGUUGGAAGGGCAAAAAUAUUUAAGUUGGACUGAUUUUAUUGCUUGGGCAUUAAAUGAAUGGUUAUUUUCAAAUACAGUCAACAUUCAGAAUGCUAAAUGUUGACUAAACUAAUGAAAACAAUUCAGCCAACAUUCGCACGUGCUCGCGAUUUCGCGGGAGAAACAGCACGGCCAUCUUGUCAAGUUCACGCUUCAGGUAAGUUGCACUAAAUAAAUGUAAUUUUUUUUAGACUAAAUUUAACGAGAAAAUCAUGAAACGUAUUCGAUUUUUUUUGAGUGGUCAUUUAGAAAGUGGAUAGACAGUGUGUCAAGUUCAGGCGUCAGGUACUGAAUAUGUUAAGUAUUUGUAAGUUAAUGUUAGACUGAAUUUAUCAACUUAUAUUUAAAAGGUGUAAAUGUUUUAUUUAAAACGUAUAUAUUUAUACACAAACGUACAACAAAAACAUCGAAUAAGCGUUGUAUGAUAUGUCUGAGGGAAAGUGAAGGGAUGUGGUCUUUCACCUUGUUUAAUCCAACACUUCAUAUCAAAAGCUGUGUUACUAUAAUGAAUUUUAGCAAAUUUUGGCGUGUUGUGAUAUUUUUGUGUUUCCGUGACCUGAAAAGAUAUGAAGAGAUCGCGCGAUCUUUUUCUCUUUUAUACGCUUUAUGCUUAAUACGACUAACGUUAACCGAAAUCUGUGAAACGUGUAACUUAAUGUAAACCACAGUAAUGCGCUCAUUUGAAGUUAACAUGGGCGUGUUGAAUGGGUUUUUGCGUGUGUAAACUUGAAAUUGUCCCGUGAAGUAAAAAGACGACAUUAAACGUGAAACAAGCCACGGUGAAAUGUGCUCUUUUCAAACGCGGAUUAACGUACGACGUUUCUGGUCUCGUGAAGGCGCUUCGGAAGAGAAGUUCGUCGUUCCGAACGAGAAUGAACAACUGAAUCGUUUCACAGGCCGUUCAAAGCGUCUCAGUUCCCUAGUGAAUCAGUAGGUAGUGCACACGAGUCCCUGCACAGGGUCUGGGGAAGACCGUGCCUCAGUAAACACUGGGACAAUUGAUUUCAACUGAUCAAUCAAUUUGUAAAACAUCACCACUGGUAUUUAUCAACAACAGACAGGACCGUUAUAUUUUGAUGAUAUUAUUCUUUUGCCAUUUGAGGUAACUUAGCCCUAUAAUAUGAAAUGUACAUGUUCUAUUACAAAUCCAGUCAGCAUCGGUGCUCCCUGUUGUGCAAUGGAUUUGUGCCAAAAAAAGGUUGCAACUUCUGUUUCAUCACAAAUUUAAUUAACUGAUAUUGAUGCAUUGUAAAUGAUUUAAAAGUCAUUUCAUUUUUUGAACUUAAAAUGUACUUUUCUUUCUCCAUCAGGGUGUGGCCAGAGGUUUCAUUGGUGCUUUGUCAUGGUUGCAAGAUUUCAGAUGCAACCCAGUCAGUUCUUCGAAGGCACCAAACACUGGCUUGUGACCAGACCGCUCCACUGCAACUACAUGCUGUGUGUACCUUCAAGACUAGGAGUUUAUUGUUUUCAUUCCAGGUAAUAUGUGUAAAUGUUUAGAGUUUUUACUGCAAUUAUAAUGAGCUUUACUGUUCUCAGUGGCAUCUACACUAAUAUUAGUCUGUUUCAUUCUUAUUACGAGGUGAAUGUAGCCAUACAUUCAGUAUCCAGAUCAGAUGGUCACUACAGUCAUCCAGAUCCAGUCCGUAUACAGAUCAGAUGUUGGAUCAGCACCUAAGCCGCUUUUCCACUAUCGGGCUGAACGGUUCUCUUUGCUUAACCGUUCCGUGCCAAUCCGGGCCAGUCAGCACGGAUACGGUUUCGUUUUCCACUGCGGGGCUAAUAACGGAUCUCUUUGGAAUGCAAUUCAAAUGCGUCAGUCGUUGCAGUGGUAACACAAGUGUUUACAUAUGAUAUGAGGUGUAAAUAACCACCGCGUUAUGGAGGAUGAUCAGAAAUUUCUUUAGAUUUUAUUACUAAUUUGUGUUUACAUUGCUCAAAAUAGCGGCUUAGCAAGCUACGGAGAAACUAGCAGCCAGGCAACAGACAAGUGACAGAUCCUGAGUGGCGACGGCACGCACAUGCACUCUACGAGAAUUCCGAGCCGAGAACGGUUUGUAAUCGUGCCGCGCCGUACCAGGCUCACGUGGAAAAACAACUGGAACCGUACCUGACCGUUCUUAGAACCGUUCGGCCCGAUAGUGGAAAAGCGGCUCUAGAGACGACCUCGACAGCCCUGAAUGUCAGCGGAGACCAUGUCAGCUAGAUGAGUCCCAGAGACAGAUCCCCUCCGAAGACCUCGUUGGCCAUUGGGACAAGACCACGAGAACCAGACAAGUCCUCUGCUCAAUCUGAACUGUGUUGCAGCCUAGAAUUGAACCACGCCAUGCUGGUUUCGUCUGGCCAGAGGAGAACUGCCCCCCGACUGAGCCUGGUUUCUCCCAAGGUUUUCUACUCUAGCUCGGUCACCGAUGGAGUUUUGGGUCCUUGCAGCUGUUGUCUUUGGCUUGCUUAUUUGGGGAGGCUUGGCUGAUUGCACAGACAUUAUUGGAAGAGAGCUGAACUGGAUGAAGUCAACACUGAAUCACCAAUGAACUGACUUUAACUGGAAAAAUGACUUGUUAAUGUUCUCUUGCAUUACUGACAAACUAUUUUCCUGUUUGACUCUUUAAAGCUGCUUUGAGACAAAUCAGUAUUGUAUAAAGCGCUGUGUAAAUAAAGGUGACUUGAUUUGAAUUUA